AUUUUUUUACUGUUCAAUUUGUGAGCAAGAUCUUUUUCACGCUUGUCGCAGUGUUUGAUCGUGGUGACCAGUAAGACAUGCCGAUCAAAUCAUGAUGGCCAGCAAGAAACAGCAAAAAUACUUGCUUUUGGUUCUUCAUGUACGAGGAUUGCGCAAUGCAGAUGGCGGUCUCGUUGCUACAAUCUCUUAAACUCCCCAUGCUUUGUUGGCUUUUGCUCCUUCUUGCUCAUCCAUGAAUGCAAAUACCCUUAUCGCUAAUGGAAAGUGGCAGUGGUACAGAUGGGAAGAAAGAGCGCAAUUCCAACAAUGACCAAAUCGCUGUGCAUGCACUGUGGGGAAGGACAUAAAAGGGCAGGAUGUACAGUCCUUCCCCACAGUCCCAAAUCCCAGUCGCCCAACCUCAUAUCCCACAAACACUCUCUCUCAAAGCAACACAAUGGUCAAGUUUGCCACCUCCACUGCGCUGGUCGCAGCUGCCCUUGCCUCUUCUGCUCUCACUGUCCUUGCCGCACCCGCUCCUACUACCCAGAGCGUGGACAUUCCUUCCUUCCAGCGUGAUCCCGCUUACGCUGUCUAUGGCAAGGGUACUGCAGCUCCACCUUCCUUUGGCCCGGUUGAUGACAAGACCGCGGCUUUGUCGCACAUUAGCGAACAGACUGGCGUCCCUGUGGGCGAGCUCGAGGUGACAGAUGACUACUCUAGUGCCAACGGCGUUAGGCACAUCUACGUUAAGAGGGUCUUGAACGGAUACCGGAUUGGUAACCAAGUCGGCAACAUUUCAGUCAAGGACGGCAAGAUCCUUUCCUUUGGAAACUCUUUUGCGCCUGCCAACAACUUCGCCCCACCAACCAUUGACGAGCCCACCGCCAAGGUGAACGCCCAGCAAGCCAUCCAGACCGCUGAGAAGGCAUUGGGUCUCAAGGCAAACAGCAUCAAGCCCUUCAACCGCUACGUUGAAAGCUCUGACAGUAAAUACGAAUUCGCUUGGACCUUCCAGGUCCAGUCUGCACCUGGUGCCAAAGACCUCAAGUGGUACGAAGUUGAUGUGUCCGCCAAGACCGGAAAGAUCAUCAGUGUCACCAACUGGGUGAAAGACGCUUCUUACACUGUCGCCGACUUCCGCGGGGCCGACCCCACCAAACAAAUCAUCACCGUGAAGGACCCCGCCAACGCUGUUGCCUCACCUAAAGGCUGGCACAACGAUGGGACUACGGCCUUCACCGAGACCCGUGGUAACAACGCAUUUGCGUACAACUCCUCUGGCGGUUCAAAGGUUACUGCCAAGGGCGGUGCUCAGAACAACUACAACACCAAAUACGACGUGAAUGCCAAUGCCAACACGGCCAGCAACAAGCAAGCCGCGAUCGCGAACGUAUUCUACGUUGCAAACAGCAUGCACGAUCUUUUCUACCAAUACGGUUUCAACGAAGCUGCUGGAAACUUCCAAGUAAGCAACAAUGGAAAGGGCGGACGGGGCAAUGAUGCCGUAUCGAUCAGCGCGCAGGAUCCCAACGGUACAAACAACGCCAACUUUGCCACUCCACCUGACGGCCAAACACCUCAGAUGAACAUGUACGUCUUCACCAGUACCAAACCCACCAGGGAUGGUGAUUUGGAGAACGAUAUUCCCAUUCAUGAAUACACUCACGGUAUCAGUAACCGCCUGACGGGUGGACCCGCCAACUCCAACUGUCUCCGUACCACUGAGGCCGGUGGUAUGGGUGAAGGUUGGUCUGACACCGCUGCUCUCUUCGUUCAGCGUCGUGCUACCCACACCCGCGACACCGACCUGGUCAUGGGUGAUUGGGUAACCGGAAACCCACGCGGUAUCAGAACUCAACCCUACUCCACCAGCCUUCAGCGCAACACUCUCAAGUACUCCACCGUCGGCAGACUUAACGAGGUUCACGCCAUUGGUGAAGUCUGGGCCACCAUCUGGAACGAAGUCUACUGGAACUUGGUGGACCAGUCUGGCUUCUCUGACGAUAUUUUCAACGCUAACCAAGAGAAGGGUAACAUUGUCGCCUUCCAGCUCUUUGUUGACUCACUUGCCCUUCAACCUUGCAACCCAACCAUGAUUGCCGCCCGUGAUGCCAUUCUCCAAGCCGAUGAGAACCGUUACGACGGUAAAUACAAGUGCGCCAUCUGGAAAGGAUUCGCCAAGAGGGGUAUGGGUGCCAACGCUACCACUUCCAAGGUUGACGACUUUACCCUUCCUGCUGGAUGUUAAUAGAGAUGAAUUUGGGUAGAUGGGAUUAGAAUACCCUUCCAUGACGUCUAUGAUACAUAUAUACCUAGUGUAGAUGCCUUUGUUAUAUGGUAGAUACUUUUUGUUUAGCACUGCGGGUUCGGUGUGCAGCACUCUAUGAUAAACUGAAAAUAAUACGGUUUUGUUGAUCACAUUUGAGACAUCGAGACAUUUCUUGUUAUGUGGGCAAUGACAAAAGACAAAACACCA